AUGCUCCAGGCGCAGCCGCAGCGUCCAGACGGGGCGAGAGGGCCGACGACGACGCUGAGCCGUCAGAUUCCGCGGCCAGCAGCCCUGGUGAUCGAUUGCGAUGCAGGCGUUGAUGAUGACGUGGCCGAGCCGCCCUUAUCAGCGAAGAACCACCACGCGUCGCCUGCUAGCCACAGCCGCCAACUCCGCGAUAGGCGCAGCCCCGCUGAACCCGGCGCCAAGCACCGCGAUUCCCCCCGCGGGGCAACCGUGGGAAGGGUGCAAGGGGGAAGACGCUCCGCCGUGGCGCAAGCCUCUUCCCCCUCCUCCACCUCGUCCCUGGACCCCGCAUACCCUUCCGCCACCUCCCCACGCUUCCCCUGCGCCAUCCCGUCGCCUCGUCUCAUCCCCAUGGCAGCUCCCACAGCCUAUCAGCAAUCGCCACGUCAGCAGGUGCUACCAACAGCCUCUCUGGGCGGUAUUUCCCCUGCAAUUCACCGGCAAUCAACCAUCGCCACGGGCAGUCCGGCUGGGCAGAUGGAACGGCGGAGGCAGGAGCCUGGUACUGAAAGAGGGGGGCAGAGGAGGGGCAGCAACUGCGGAGGCAGCAGCAGCCGGCAGCUGAGUCGCUUCCACACGUGGGACAGCGUGCAGCUCGACGGCGAGCCCACGCCGCAGAUAACACCUCCCCCGGUUCCCCCCUCCUGCCGUGAGCAUCGGCCCCGGAGGGGUUUCUCUGGCCGCCAGCACGCGGAGGUCCAGUCGGAGCAGCUGUGGGCUGAAGGCGCGGACUGGGAGGAGGGGGACUGGCGUGGCGCUGAUGGCGGUGACGCUGGUGGCAGUGGUGGUGGUGGCGUGGCACAGGCGGCAGCAGGUGCGCAUGCUGCAGCGCCCUGCACAGGACCCCGGGGCAUGCCAUCGCAGAGAACCCCGCUGCACGCCGAUCGCACGCUCACACUCUCGACUGCCGCCCUCCCCCGGCGCGCGGCAUGUGACGAGCGGACCGUGCGACACGCACGUGCAAUUUCUCAUGGCAGUGCGGGUGUGGGCGUGCAGAGAGUGGCGGAGAUUGCCGGGGCAACAGAGAAUGCGCAGUGGGUGGGAGAGGAGUGUGGGGGGCUAGUGCAGACAAUACCAUGGAAAGAGGAGGGUGACUGGGGCGAUAUGGAGGCAAUGAGAGGGUGGCAGGGGGAUGUGGAGGGGGCUGGUUUGGAGUGUGGAGGGGUUGAGAGGCAUGGCCCCAUACUGGUGCAAGUGCAGCACGCUGCGUUGGUCCCAGACCUUGGAGACGGGCCACUCAGGAACCCCAAACGAGAGGCAGACUCGUUCCAGCAUCGCUCUACUGUUGUUGAUUCUUUGGAGGCCAGCAAGCAGCAGAGCAGGCCACGGGGGAGACCUGAUGGCCAGAGAUCCAGUGAAGAUGCUGACGCGGGGGGGGUGAGGGGGAGUGAAAGCAAGGGGAGCUCUAAGAGAAGGGAGAAGCCCAAAAGCAAGCUGCAGAGAUCGCUGAGUGAUGAUGAUGAGGAGGAGGAGGAGCAGGCCAAGGUUGUGAGACCGAGUCGUGAUGACAGCAGCAGGCGCAAGCAGCAGGGGAAAAAGGGUGCUUUACUGAAAGUCUCCAAGUCCAAGUGA